AUGCUGAAGCAGCUUCACAUCAAUAUCUCAUUUCUUGAUGUGUUAGAGCAAAUGUCUUCAUACGUGAAGUUCUUGAAAGAUAUCUUGACGAAGAAGAAAAGGAUGAAUGAUUUUGAAACAGUUGCUCUAACACGAGUAACUAGCGACAUCUUCAAGAAUGGGGUACGAAAGAAGAUAAGAAACCCCGGAAGCUUCAUGGUACCAUGCUUUAUAGGCGGGAUAGAUCUUGGUCAUGCACUAUACGACCUGGGAGCAAUCAUCAAAUUGAUGUCACUUUCUAUCUUUAAGAAAUUAGAGAUAGAGAAGGUUCAACCUACACACAUGAGGCUCCGAUUCCACAACAGAUCCAUGGCGAAGCCUUUAGACAAGAUUAAAGAUCUUUUGAUUAAGGUGGACAAGUUCUAA